CAACCAACCAAGCUGCCACCCACACACUUUCCUCCUACCAACAAUGGCCGAUGUGGUGCUGCUGGACUUCUGGGCGAGCCCAUUCGGGCAGCGCUGCCGGAUCGCGCUAGCAGAGAAGGGCGUCGCCUACGAGUACAGUGAGCAGAACCUUGAACAGAAGAGUGAGCUGCUGCUGAGAUCCAACCCCGUCCACAAGAAGAUCCCCGUCCUGCUCCAUGGCGGCAGACCUGUCUGCGAGUCACUCAUCAUCCUCAGCUACAUCGACGAGGUGUGGCCGGAGGUGGCGCCCCUCCUCCCCCGGGACCCCUAUGCCCGCUCGCAGGCGCGGUUCUGGGCUGACUACAUCGACAACAAGAUCGUUGACUGUCAGACCCGCCUGUUGACGAUGAAGGGGGAGGCCCAGGAGCAGGCCAAGAAAGACAUGAUUGGGGCGCUCAAGACCCUGGAGUCCGAGCUCGGUGAUAAGGACUACUUCGGCGAUGAGACGUUCGGUUUUGUGGACAUCACGUUCGUGACUUUGACCCCCUGGUUUUACACCUACGAGAAGUACGGUGACUUCAGCGUCGAGGAACACUGCCCUAAGAUCGUGGCCUGGGCCGCACGCUGCAGGGGGCGCGAGAGUGUGGCCAAGGCACUUACUGAUCCUGAGAAGGUGUAUGAGAUCGUCCAGGAGGAGUAUGGUGCCAACUGAACAAAGUAAUAGGUUAUCUAUGUAGGCAUGCAUGUAAUCUGGUUAUAUGCCGGCUGUGGCAUUUAUCUCCCACGUAUGUGUUCCCUUUGUCACUCAACUUGGCCAAACUUUAUGAAAAUAUACACACUAUAUUGAACGAAA